GUUUUGUACUUUGUUUUUCAGAAUAUUUGAGAGAAAAAACUAUGAUUCUUCCAACCAACUUUCUAUCUAUUCAGUCCUAAGUUGAAAAAAAAAAGUGAGAUACAAAAGGAAAGGAAAUUGAUAAAAUUGGUAUACUCAAAGAAAAGCCUCGUCUCUCUAGUGCUUAUAUCCCUAGCCCUGUUAAACAACUGACCUCUUCCAAAACCGAAGACCCCAUGAACCCCAAAGACCCUGAAUCUGUUGAUGCUGACGGUUUUAAUGGCCAAAAUUUGAGUAAAUAUGGUGAAGGUUUUAGUGAAACACCACAGACGCAGCAACCACAACCACCUCAACCACAUAAGAAACAGGUUAGGAGGAGAUUUCACACCAGCAGGCCUUACCAAGAAAGGCUGCUUAACAUGGCUGAGGCUAGGAGAGAAAUUAUAACUGCCCUCAAGUUCCACAGAGCUGCCAUGAAACAAGCCAAUGUGCAAAAACGACAACAACAACAGCAACGGCAACAACAAGAAGAGCUACAACAACAGCAAUUAUCACAGCCCUCUCAUCUUUCAUCUCCACCACCUUUUGAACAAGAAUCAAAGAUAAAGUCUGGGAGAAAUCCUAGAAUAUACCCGUCAAGCACAAACAACUUCUCUUCUUAUAAUUUAGACAAAUUUUCGUAUUCCUCUUUCUCUCAACAUAAUUACCCUCCUCAUCCAAAUCCUUGUUCCUGGCCUGCUUCUCCGUUUCCUCUUCGACCUGCCACAGACGCUUUGAACUUCACUCUACCAAACCAAACCAUAGGUCUAAACCUAAACUUACAUGAUUUCAACAACAUAGACGGCAACCUUUGCUACAACAGCAACAACCCAUCAAUCUACUCAUCCUCAUCUCCAUCAUCGUCAUCUUCCCCGACUCUAUCCGUUGUAACUGAAGAAGUUCCUUCAGUUGCACUAGCACCUGAAGUGGGGCCUACAGCUAUGGCUGAUUUAACUGAAUCCUACUGUGGGGGAGGUUUGCAUCACGGUAUGGGUGAUGAGGAAAUGGCAGAGAUCAGAUCAUUAGGAGAGCAGCAUCAAAUGGAGUGGAAUGACGCUAUGAAUUUGGUAACAUCAGCAUGGUGGUUCAAGUUCUUGAAGACUAUGGAACUUGGGCCUGAAGUGAAAGUUGAAGAUGAUGGGUACCAACCAUUUGAUCAAGUCAUGGAAUUUCCUGCCUGGUUGAAUGCAAAUGACAGCUGCUUGCAGCAACAUUUCAAUGAUGUUUGCCCUGAUGACUACUUCCAGGAUCCUGCCCUACCUUGCAUGGACAUUGGAGAAAUUGAAGGAAUGGACGGGGAGUGGCUGGCUUGA